UUUUGGCAUUUAAUGCAAGGCAAUGUCGCAUUAUUCCCGCCCUUGAUGAUGAUGAUGAUGAUUAUAACGACGAUGACAAUAAUUGUGGGUGUCACAGAUGCGUUGACAUUUAGUUCAAGUCAGGACAACACCAUUGUUAUAUUGCCCAUCGAUGUAUUGGAUGCUACAUGUCCGAUGGGUUAUUUCCAAUGCAACACAACGACACAAUGCGUUCAACAACGUCUCAAUUGUGACGGCCAAGCUGAUUGUGACGAUGCUUCCGAUGAGUGGAAUUGUGUUAACGACAUCGAUGCCAAAUUUUGGGAUCAUUUAUUUCGUAAACAACCAUACGGACGCCACGAUGAUAUACCCAUCGGUACAUGCUUGUGGCCCAACUCGCAGAAUUUAAGUUGCCCUUGUCGUGGCUCAGAGUUAUUGUGUCGUUUUCAACAAUUGUCUGCUAUUCCUAUAAAUCUACCCGCUCGUGAUAUUACUAUGCUAGAUUUGACUGGUAACAAUUUUACAUCACUGUCAGCAUCAUUUUUGGAUAACUUACCCAUAACUGAGACAUUAGUAUUAAAAUUUUGUGGCAUUGCUCAGCUGACAGAAAAUGCGUUUAAACGUUUGUCUACGAUACCAGUUAAGACACUAUAUCUGGACGAGAACAAAAUUGAAAGUUUGCCACCGAAUUUAUUCGCGCCGGGAAAUUAUUUAAAAAUUUUAUUCUUAGCUGGCAAUUUGUUGACGGAGUUAAAAGCACGAGUUUUCUGUAGACUACAUAUGCUGCAAGGAUUGCAUUUGAAUGACAACCGACUGCGUAUAUUUGAUGUACAUGCCUUUGAUUGUUUGGAAAACCUCACCUCAUUGCUGUUGACCGAUAACGAGUUUCGUUCGCUGGAUGGCAGAGUUUUACAAAAUUUAACGAACCUAAAUUAUAUUUAUUUCUCGUGGUUUCACUUGUGUCGGGCGGCAUUGCAUGUACGAGUAUGUGAACCGCACGGUGAUGGUAUAAGCAGCACCUAUCAUUUAUUGGAUAAUCCCAUAUUGAGGGGCAGCGUAUGGGUGAUGGCGUCCGUCGCCAUUGUCGGUAAUCUGUUGGUAUUGCUGGGUCGUUAUUUAUAUAAGACACGAAGCAACGUCGAGCAUUCUCUGUAUCUGCGACACUUGGCUGCGAGUGAUUUUCUUAUGGGCAUUUAUUUGGCCAUAAUCGCUUGUGCCGAUAUCAAUUUCCGUGGCGAAUAUAUUGUGUAUGAAGAGUCCUGGCGUCACAGCGCAUUGUGUGCAUUUUCGGGAUUCUUGAGUACAUUCAGUUGCCAAUCGUCGACGUUGCUGUUGACACUGGUCACCUACGAUCGGUUAAUGUCAGUAAUGAAUCCACUACAAACUAGAGAUAGUGGCCAUAAAAGAAUGGUUGUGCGUUUACUCUUGCUAUGGAGCAUAUCAUUUGUAUUGGCAGCAGCUCCAUUGUUUCCUUUCGAUUAUUUUGGACGACAUUUUUAUGGCACCAACGGUGUAUGCUUGUCAUUGCAUAUCCAUGAUCCUUAUGCCAAGGGUUGGGAAUAUUCCGCAGUUUUGUUUAUCUGCAUCAAUACCUUUUCGUUGGUUUUUAUUUUAAUUUCUUAUGUGCGUAUGUUGCAAGCCAUACGAGAUUCUGGCAGCGGAAUGCGUAGCACUAUAAGUGGACGAGAAAGUGUCGUAGCUACCAGAUUUGCGAUUAUCAUAACCACCGACUGUGCUUGUUGGCUGCCCAUAAUUGUGGUGAAAUUGGCCGCAUUAUCAGGCUGUUCCAUAUCUCCGGCUCUAUAUGCUUGGCUGGCGGUAUUAGUUUUACCUGUGAACUCGGCUUUAAAUCCUAUACUUUAUACUCUGACUACAGCCGUUUUUAAACAACAGUUAAGACGUUAUUUACUAGCCGUACCGACGUGCUCCUUCAUAAUGGGUGAACAUCUUAAUCAUACACAAUUAGCUUGUGAAUCGGCCAUGAGCACUAGUUUGGGUCACUUCAGCAGCAAUAAGUCGAAUUCAGAGCGUAAACGAUACUCCCAGCGACGCUUAAGUUAUGUAUGAGAACGCGAGAAACCCUCAGGCGAAUGGAGGGAAACAGUUCUUUGAAGAGAAGACACGCUGAAGUAAGGUCUUUUUUAAAAACAAGUACAAAUCGAAUAGAACGAAAUUUAUUUAUCUUUAAUGAUCCGUCUAAAAUGGACAACAGAAUGAGAGAGUGUAAAAAUAAUUGUAAGUCUAAUUAUAUAGAAUAAAAAGUAAGUAUUAACACAGUAGUGAUUACAUUAAGUACUUCGUCAUCUUCUGAGUUGUUUCUAGAUAAAGACAAUAUCAGGCUUUUUGAUGAGGAAUUCGCCUUCUUCCACUAAAACGACUUUGUUUCCGCUGCGUUACAGGUUAAAUGUGCGACGCACAAAUCCUUUCGUUUGACUAGAAUGCAGGCAGUUAGUAACGUCUGACCUUGAUGCUGCAAAAGUUAAUCAGACCAAUUGGUCAAAGGUUAGGCUGCUGGGUUCGUCUUCUUUUGAGGAGCCAUUGACCUUGUGAGCCGCGACCUUAAUAAUAAUACAGGGAUGAGGCUCAUAAUCUCGGACCUAUGUCUACGGGUGCAAUGGCCGUGAGAGUUUAGUUUUUGACUCAUUGCGUUCUCACAUAUAAAAAUUUCACGUAAUUGGAAGAUUUUUUCAUUAUCUAUACUUUGCGCGCAAAGUAGGCCAUAAGCUUAACGUAAAAAUGUGAGGAUCUGUUUUAGCCCCAUAGGCAACAUUGCGAAAUGCAAAGCCUGGACUCUAGAAAGGUCACUGGCAGAAUUAUUAUGAUCGCUGCAAAUUGACGAAAGAACAGAAAGAGUUUUCGAGUAUUGACAACAACUUCGCUUAAUUGUGGACAUGUCACUAGAACGAUUAAAGUCUUACUCAAGUCGACAUUGGUACCAUUUUAUAUACCAGGGCGAAAUUUUCCCAAAAGUUCACGGAAACGAAAUUGGACACUCAAAAAGACGACUUUGAACCACAUUUGUGAAGAAUGAUUCAUGGGUAGAUUUCACCUCACCAACUGGUGAAACUAACUAACAAGCAGGUGAUCCGAGAAAUUCCUCUCUUAUCCGAACGGGUUUUUGAGACGUUGUUGCGAGAAAAAGUCGAAGGUAACCUUAUAAUAUAAUAACAAUAGCAUUACUAAACGAAUGUAGAUUCAAAUUAUGUCGAUAAAAUUUUUAAAGUUGUUCAAUAUAUCUCCACUC